AUGGACGGUCCGUCCAGCUCUCUGCCUCCAGAGGCCAUCGAAUUGGCCGGGCGCAUGUACGACGCAGCAAGGGCCGGUGAUCUGGCCACUUUUCAACAAGCCCUACCUGCCGGUCUGCCGGCGAACCUGACCAACGAGAAAGGCGACACGCUGCUCAUGCUUGCGGCCUAUUACGGCCACGCAGAAUUAGUCAGGCUCCUUAUCCAGCACGGCGCGGACCCAAACCGCCUCAAUGAUAAGAACCAGAGUCCUCUGGCGGGAGCUGUGUUUAAGAAGGAAGAUGCCGUCAUCGAGGCACUGUUAGAGGGAGGCGCAGAUCCAGAACAUGGAAAUCCAAACGCUAUGCAAUGCGUGGCCAUGUUUAAGCAGGAGGAGGCGUGGAAGGCCAAAUUCGAUGCGGCACCUGGGCGAGGAAAGGCGAAAGAGCCGGCGCAAGGUCCAUCGUUGUAA